GUGACAACAGAGAACAGGCGACGUCAACGGUCACGGCGACGGUUUUACGCGGAAAAAAAGGACUUCUGUGAGGCGUAGGAGGCUCGUUUAUGUGGCAAAGUCGAGAUUAUAACGGUGUAAGCUGAAACGAAGCUGAAAUAGUGGUUUUGUGCUGAUGUUGGGCCGUUUUUCCCGCUGUUGAGCACUUGUUUGAGCGUGCGCCGCGUGCUGCGGACCGAUGCUUCUCCAUCAGUACAUGAACGGAGCCGUGGAAGUCAUGCCUCCCACACUGCUCCACAAAGACACACGUUUGACCAAAAUCUUCGUCGGGGGGCUGCCUUACCACACGAACGAUGCCUCACUCAGAAAAUACUUCGAGGCGUUUGGGGAGAUUGACGAGGCGGUGGUUAUAACCGACAGACAGACGGGCAAAUCGAGAGGAUAUGGAUUUGUGACAAUGACAGAAAGUGCAGCAGCAGAAAGAGCCUGUAAAGAUCCAAACCCCAUCAUCGAUGGAAGGAAAGCCAAUGUGAACCUGGCCUACCUGGGAGCCAAGCCUCGCAGCAUGCAGCCGGGCUUAUCCAUCGGAGUGCAGCCCCUUCACCCCGCUCUCAUCCAGAGGCCGUACGGGUUGGCUCCACCGUACAUUUAUCCUCAGACCUUUGUGCAGCCCAGCCUGGUGCUGCCCACUCAGAUCUCCACCUCCGUCAGCACCAGCCCUUACCUGGACUACAGCGCAGCGUACUCCCAGUAUGCCCAGGCCGCCUUCGAGCAGCAGUACCCCUACGCCGCCUCUCCUGCUGCUGGUUACCUAGGUUACAGCUACGCCACCAGCCCCACAGCCACCGCCGCCGGGCCGGCGGCCGCCACCACGGCUCCGCCCACCGUGCACCCCAACCUGCCCUCGGCCAGCGGCCCCGCCACAGCCUUUCUAUACGCACCCCAGCAGCACAUCCAGCCGGACCGGAUGCAGUGAUGCUCUGAGGUCAUCACGGAUUCAGGGAAAAACAAAAACAGUUGGACUUUUGCACUAGAUCUAAAUGGGCCGUGUGCUCAUGGCUUCAAGGGCAGAGGGUUACGAGGACUGUUCCAGGUUCAGUUUGGGAAGCUUUUAUAGAGUAUGUCACUGCUUCAAAGUGCUUCCAAAGGCUGACUUCACUCUUUUAUUAUUAUUAUAUUAUUAAUAAUUAUUUUUAUUGUUUCUUCUUAUUGUAUCUGUCAUUGUGUAAGUGUAUGUUAUCCUUGUUUUGCUCAAUCAGAGGACAUGUUUAGGACACUCUUCUUUGAAAGAUCUGGAGUCACUGCUGCUUGAGACUGUUGGCUCGACCAGAGCUGUGGCACAGAAAGGUCUGUGCUUUUAGAGGUCUAAGGAAAACUGAUUUUCAUCAAAGUAAAGAAGCCUUAAGAAAAUGUUUUUUAGCCAUAGACAACUGUUUUAUUAAGAACCCCAAGGUGAAGUAAAAAUAUGGAUGUGGAUAAUCAGUCUAUGGCAAACAAGAAGCAGGAACGUGGUGUCCACUGUGGAAGAGCUGGCACUAGUAAAGUUCACUUCCUCAUACUUUAUACUUGUCCUUCAAAGAUUGUCUUUUUUUUAUUUCAAAGGGACAUUCAUGUACAGCAUUUUCAAAUUACUUCAUUUAUACAGAACAUUUACAAUAUUUAUAUGUAGGUAUUUAUAAGAGGUACUAAGUUAAAGUAGAUUUAUGGUAACUGUGACUCGUUGUGGCACUGAUGUCGACUUUCUGCAGAUUCACUGUUGUUGAAUUCAUUUUGUUCAGUCAAAAUGCCAUUAGCGCUGAGUACAGCAACUACACUAGUUGCUUAUUUGUGGAUGGUUGCAUCAGAAAUCAUAGAUAUUUCCAAUAAAAAUUGCCUUUUACAGUUUCUACAAAAAGCAAUAAAAAUGAAUAAAAUACAAA